AAGCUGCUGUUGCUGCUGCUUCAGCGAAGAAGAUGGCCUUAAAUUACAAUUGAGCAACUGUUAUGAGCAGAAAGUAAUAAUGAGAAUAGGUGGUAUAUUGCUCGUUCUUUUGGAUGUGCGUAGAAUGUGCGACCAUUAAAUUGCCGAGAAUUAUGCGUAACUAUACUUCGACGACUUGCCGAUUGUACUAAAGUAAUCAACGCUUGUCGCUGAGUAGCGUUCGUAAAUCAGCCAGAAUACGUUCAGCACGCCGUCAAGCCGGUUGUCGUCUUCGGGGAUUUGUGAAGUGCGUAAAAAAGCAACACGUGCGCUGUCUGUGUUUGCGACAGACAGAACGAAUUGCCAGCUGAACGUGCAAUCUUAGCAAACAGAAACUUGAGUUAAGUUUAGAGUGAAUCAAAUAACAACAGCUGCAAAAUGUCCCCACCGGAUUGUUAUCUCGAGCUGGAAGAUGGAACCGUGAUGCCGGGCUACUCAUUUGGCGCCAAGGGCACAGUCACAAGCGGCGAGGUGGUCUUCCAAACGGGCAUGGUGGGCUACACGGAGGCCCUGACGGAUCGCUCGUAUAGUGCACAGAUUCUGGUGUUGACCUAUCCGCUGAUUGGCAACUACGGUGUGCCGGAUGCCGGGCAGCUGGACGAGUUUGGACUGCCGGAGCACUUUGAGUGGCUCCAGGGCGCCGUGCAAGUGGCUGGCCUGGUGGUGGGCGAGAUCUGUGAAACGCCCUCGCAUUGGCGCUCCAAGCGCACGGUCUCCCAGUGGCUGGCGGAUCAUCGUGUGCCCGGCAUCAGCGGCAUCGAUACCCGUUGCCUGACCAAGAAGCUGCGCGAGCAGGGCAGCAUGCUGGGACGUAUUGUCUACAAGGAGCCGGCCAAGCAGGCGAAAGUCCCAUUCGAGGAUCCCAACGAGCGCAACUUGGCAAAGGAGUGCUCCGUUAAGCAGAUUCAACUGUAUAAAUCGCCGCAGGGCUCAAUUGGGCCACGGAUCGCCAUCAUGGACUGCGGCCUGAAGCUGAACCAGAUACGCUGCCUGCUGCAGCGCGGCGCCUCUGUGCAGCUGUUGCCGUGGAGCGCGCAGCUGAAGGAGGAGGAGUACGACGCCCUCUUCCUCUCCAAUGGACCCGGCGAUCCGGCCAGCUGCAGGCAGAUUGUCGAGCAGGUGCAGCGCGUGCUGCAGGCUGGCACAAAGCCCAUCUUCGGCAUCUGCCUGGGCCAUCAGCUGCUGGCCUCGGCCAUCGGCUGCACCACCUACAAGAUGAAGUACGGCAACCGUGGCCACAAUCUGCCCUGUCUGCAUCGGGCCAGCGGUCGCUGUCUGCUCACGUCCCAGAAUCACGGCUAUGCCGUCGACCUGGCCAAGCUGCCCGGCGACUGGGAAGAGCUGUUCGUCAAUGCCAACGACGGCACCAACGAGGGCAUUGUGCAUCGCAGCAAGCCCUACUUCUCGGUACAGUUCCACCCGGAGCACCACGGCGGUCCGCAGGACACCGAGUUCCUGUUCGACGUCUUCCUCGAUGCCAUACGAGAGCCGCAGAAGAGCGUGCCCGAGCUGAUCGCAUCCAGACUGAGCGUGAUACAACCCGAGCCGCAGCCCCGUCCGCGCAAGGUGCUCAUCCUGGGCUCCGGCGGACUGUCCAUUGGCCAGGCCGGUGAAUUCGACUACUCCGGCUCGCAGGCCAUCAAGGCGAUGCGCGAAUCCAACAUCCAGACGGUGCUCAUCAACCCGAACAUUGCCACAGUGCAGACCUCCAAGGGCAUGGCAGACAAGUGCUACUUCCUGCCCCUGACGCCCGACUAUGUGGAGCAGGUGAUCAAAUCGGAGCGGCCCAACGGUGUCCUGCUCACCUUCGGCGGCCAGACGGCCCUCAACUGCGGCGUCGAGCUGGAGCGUGCGGGCGUCUUUGCCAAAUACAAUGUUCGCAUUCUGGGCACGCCCAUACAGUCAAUCAUUGAGACGGAGGACCGCAAGCUGUUCGCCCAGCGGGUCAAUGAGAUUGGGGAACGUGUGGCGCCCUCCGAGGCGGUCUAUACCGUGGCCGAGGCCCUUGAGGCAGCCGGCCGCUUGGGCUAUCCGGUGAUGGCACGCGCUGCCUUCUCAUUGGGCGGCCUGGGCUCCGGCUUCGCCAACAACGAAAACGAACUGAGGACACUGGCCCAGCAGGCCCUGGCCCACUCCACUCAGCUGAUCGUGGACAAGUCGCUCAAGGGCUGGAAGGAGGUGGAGUACGAGGUGGUCCGCGAUGCCUACGACAAUUGCAUCACCGUCUGCAACAUGGAGAACUUUGAUCCACUGGGCAUACACACCGGCGAGAGCAUUGUGGUGGCUCCCUCGCAGACCCUGUCCGACCGCGAGUACCAGAUGCUGCGCAGCACCGCCCUGAAGGUGAUCCGGCACUUUGGGGUCGUCGGCGAGUGCAACAUUCAGUACGCUCUCUGCCCCCACUCGGAGCAGUACUACAUCAUCGAGGUGAAUGCUCGACUGUCGAGGAGCUCGGCGCUCGCCAGCAAGGCGACGGGCUACCCCCUGGCCUAUGUCGCUGCCAAGCUGUCGCUGGGCGAGCCGCUGCCCGAGAUUCGCAACUCGGUGACGGGCAAUACGACGGCCUGCUUUGAGCCGAGUCUCGACUAUUGUGUGGUGAAGAUACCGCGCUGGGAUCUGGCCAAGUUCAUGCGCGUGAGCAAGCACAUCGGCAGCUCGAUGAAGAGCGUCGGCGAGGUGAUGGCCAUUGGGCGCAGUUUCGAGGAGGCCAUCCAGAAGGCGCUGCGCAUGGUCGACGGCGAUGUUCAGGGCUUCGAUCCCUAUCUGGCGGCCGUCGACAAGGACCAGCUGUCGGAACCAACGGAUCGUCGGCCCUUUGUCCUGGCCGCCGCUCUGCGCGCCGGCAUGUCCAUCGAGGAGCUGCACGAUCUGACGAAAAUCGAUCGUUGGUUCCUCCACAAGCUGCAGAACAUCAUCAAGUUCUACGGCCAGCUGGAGUCCGCCGGCAGCCAACUGACGCCGUCUCUGCUGCUGAGUGCGAAGCGCCUGGGCUUUGCCGACAAGCAAAUAGCCAUGGCCACCAAGAGCACCGAGCUGGCCGUGCGCCAGCAGCGGCACGAGCACAACAUCCGACCCUUUGUCAAGCAGAUCGAUACGGUGGCCGGCGAGUGGCCGGCGAGCACGAAUUAUCUCUAUAACACGUACAAUGCAUCGGAGCACGACGUUCUCUUUCCCGGCGGGCACACCAUCGUCGUCGGGUCGGGCGUCUAUCGCAUCGGCUCCUCGGUGGAGUUCGAUUGGUGUGCCGUGGGCUGUCUGCGUGAGCUGCGCAACCUGAAGAAGUCGACGAUCAUGAUCAACUAUAAUCCGGAAACGGUGUCCACCGACUAUGACAUGUGCGAUCGUCUGUACUUUGAGGAGAUCAGCUUUGAGGUCGUCAUGGAUAUCUAUGAAAUGGAGCGCUCGGAUGGCAUCAUCCUCUCCAUGGGCGGUCAGCUGCCCAACAAUAUUGCCAUGGACUUGCAUCGGCAGCAGGCGAAGGUCCUGGGCACGUCGCCGGAGUCGAUCGACUGUGCCGAGAAUCGCUUCAAGUUCUCGCGCAUGCUGGAUCGCAAGGGCAUCCUGCAGCCACUAUGGAAAGAGCUGACCAAUCUCCAGUCGGCCGUCGAGUUUUGCCAGGAGGUGGGCUACCCCUGCCUGGUGCGUCCGUCGUAUGUGCUCUCCGGCGCUGCUAUGAAUGUGGCCUACUCGGAUCAGGAUCUGGACACGUAUUUGAAUGCAGCCUCCGAGGUCAGUCGCGAGCAUCCGGUGGUCAUCUCCAAGUUCAUCACCGAAGCCAAGGAAAUCGAUGUGGACGCCGUUGCGGCUGAUGGCCAGAUCCUGUGCAUGGCCGUCUCGGAGCAUGUGGAGAACGCUGGCGUCCAUUCGGGCGAUGCGACGCUGGUCACACCGCCGCAAGAUCUGAAUGCAGAGACCCUGGAGGCCAUCAAGCGCAUCACGCGCGAUCUGGCCAGCGUGCUGGACGUGACGGGACCCUUCAACAUGCAGCUGAUCGCCAAGAACAAUGAGCUCAAGGUCAUCGAGUGCAAUGUCCGAGUCUCACGCUCCUUCCCCUUCGUCUCCAAGACGCUCGAUCAUGACUUUGUGGCAACGGCCACACGCGCCAUUGUCGGCAUGGAGGUGGAACCCAUCGAUGUGCUCCACGGCGUGGGCAAGGUGGGCGUCAAGGUGCCCCAGUUCAGCUUCUCGCGUCUCGCUGGCGCCGACGUCCAGCUGGGCGUCGAAAUGGCCUCAACGGGCGAGGUGGCCUGCUUUGGGGACAACCGCUACGAGGCCUAUCUGAAGGCCAUGAUGUCCACGGGCUUCCAGAUACCCAAGAAUGCAAUUCUGCUCUCCAUUGGCAGCUUCAAGCACAAAAUGGAGCUGCUUUCCUCCAUUCGGGAACUGGCCAAGAUGGGCUACAAGCUGUACGCCUCGAUGGGCACCGGCGACUUCUAUGCGGAGCAUGGCGUUGAUGUGGAGUCUGUACAGUGGACAUUCGAUAAGACAACACCCGAUGACAUCAACGGCGAGCUGCGCCACUUGGCCGAGUUUUUGGCCACCAAGCAGUUCGAUUUGGUUAUCAAUUUGCCAAUGCGUGGUGGCGGUAUACGCAGGGUCUCAUCAUUCAUGACCCAUGGCUAUCGGACACGUCGCUUAGCCGUCGACUAUUCCAUACCCCUGGUAACGGACGUAAAGUGCACCAAGCUGCUGGUGGAAUCGAUGCGCGUGACGGGUCGCAAUCCGCUCAUGAAGACCCACACCGACUGCAUGACAUCGCGUCGCAUCAUUAAGCUGCCUGGCUUCAUAGAUGUCCAUGUGCAUCUGCGAGAGCCGGGCGCCACGCACAAGGAGGACUUUGCCAGCGGCACGGCCGCCGCCUUGGCUGGGGGCGUCACCAUGGUCUGCGCCAUGCCCAAUACGAAUCCCUCGAUUGUGGAUCGCGAGACCUUCAAUCAGUUCCGCGAGCUGGCACGCGCCGGCGCCCGCUGUGACUAUGCGCUAUAUGUGGGCGCCUCCGAUACCAACUGGGAGAACGUCUGGGAGCUGGCCAGCCAGGCGUGCGGCCUGAAGAUGUAUCUGAACGACACGUUCGGCACCCUGCGGCUGAGCGACAUGGCCGCCUGGCAGCGCCAUCUGUCGCGCUGGCCCAAGCGGGCGCCCAUCGUGUGCCACGCGGAGCGGCAGAGCAUGGCGGCUGUCAUUCUGCUGGCCCACCUGCUGGAGCGACCGGUGCACAUUUGCCAUGUGGCCCGCAAGGAGGAGAUCCAGCUGAUACGCGCCGCCAAGGAGAAGGGUCUGCGCGUCACCUGUGAGGUGUGUCCGCAUCAUCUGUUCCUUAGCACACGCGAUGUGGAGCGCCUGGGCGUUGGCAUGGCCGAGGUGCGACCGCUGCUCUGCUCGCCCGAGGAUCAGGAAGCGCUGUGGGAGCACAUGGAAUACAUCGAUGUGUUUGCCACAGAUCAUGCGCCGCACACGCUGGCCGAGAAGCAAUCGGAGCGACCGCCGCCCGGCUUCCCCGGCCUGGAGACCAUAUUGCCCAUGCUGCUGAAGGCCGUGCGCGAGGGCCGGCUCACACUGGAGGAUAUCAAGCGCAAGUUCCAUCGCAAUCCGCGCAACAUAUUCAAUCUGCCCGAGCAGCCGCAGACCUAUGUGGAGAUCGACCUGGACGAGGAGUGGACCAUUAACAACGCCGAGCUGAAGACAAAAGCGCAGUGGACACCCUUCAAUGGCACCAAGGUCACGGGUCGCGUGCAUCGCGUCGUGCUGCGCGGCGAGGUGGCCUACAUUGAUGGCGAGGUGCUCGUCCAGCCCGGCUUUGGACAGAAUGUGCGCGCCAAGAUGCCGCUGCCGCAAAAGUCGGAAAUGGAGGGCAGCGAGCUGCCCAGCGAUAUGGAUGCCAACGACACCUUCACCCGCCUCCUGACCGAAGGAACCAGCACCGCUGCCCCGCGUGUCUCGGCCGUGCAUUUCGUGGAUGAGGCCAACGUGAGCACAUCGCCGGCAGCGGGCAAUUUCCUGCGUCCGGUGUCGCCAUCGCCACGCCUGCGUCUCGAUUCCAACACGGCACUGAAGGAUUAUCUGCAAAAGAGCUCGUCGUUGUCGGAGCCGAAUCCCGUGGCACACUGCUUGGUCGGCAAGCACAUCCUCUCCGUGGACAUCUUCGAUAAGGAGCGGCUCAACGAUCUGUUCAAUUUGGCGCAGCUGCUCAAGUCGCGCGUGACCAAGGAUCGGCCCGUCGACGAUUUGUUGCGCGGCAAAAUCAUGGCCAGCAUCUUCUAUGAGGUGAGCACGCGCACCCAGUGCAGCUUCAGUGCGGCCAUGCAGCGCCUGGGCGGUCAUGUCAUCACCAUGGAUCAGGUCACCUCUUCGGUGAAGAAGGGCGAAACACUGGAGGACAGCAUCAAGGUGAUGGCCAGCUAUGCAGAUGUCAUGGUCCUGCGUCAUCCCGAGCCGGGCGCCGUCUCGCGUGCUGCAUCGUUUUCGAGAAAGCCGCUGAUCAAUGCCGGCGAUGGAGUCGGAGAGCAUCCCACGCAAGCGCUGCUGGACGUAUUCACCAUCCGUGAGGAGAUUGGCACAGUCAACGGCCUGACCAUCACCAUGGUCGGCGAUCUGAAGAACGGACGCACCGUCCACUCAUUGGCCCGCCUUCUCACCCUCUACAAUGUCACGCUCCAGUAUGUCGCUCCGUACGGCUUGGGUAUGCCCGAGAGCAUUAUGCGUUAUCUGCAUCAGCAAGGCGUCAACCAAGUGACCUUCGACACCAUUGAGCAGGCGCUGCCCACCACCGAUGUGCUCUAUAUGACACGCAUUCAGCGUGAGCGCUUCCAGAGCGAGGAGGAAUACCAGCGAUGCUGUGGCCACUUCAUUGUAACGCCCAAGCUAAUGACGCGGGCCAACAAACGGACAAUCGUGCUGCAUCCGUUGCCUCGCGUCGAUGAGAUCAGCCGUGACUUCGACUCGGAUCCGCGUGCCGCUUACUUCCGGCAGGCGGAGUACGGCAUGUACAUUCGUAUGGCGCUGCUGGCGAUGGUCGUCGGCUGUCGCAGCACGGCGCUUUGAACGAAUUUAAAUGAAUAUUUUUUCUAUUUUUGUACUUUUUUUUUUUCAUACAUAAACACAAAUUUUUGCUAACA